AUCCACGGCAUUUCUCAUGAUCAAAAUGGGCUGGUUCAAUCGGGACCGAAUCGCCAUCGUCCUCUGGGGCCAUGACACUAAAGAUCGGGCGCUUCUCUCGAAAUUAGACUUCACGUUGUUGCCUUACUUCUCGCUCAUUUGGUUUCUGUUCGGUAUCACGAGAGCCAGUUACUCGUCCGCGUAUAUCAGUGGGAUGAAGGAGGCGCUGCAUUUCGAGGGCAAGGAUUAUAAUUACAUGAGCACCGCAUAUAUGGUGGUUUAUGCGGUGUGUCAGAUCCCAGGGACCAGUUUGUUGACGAUCCUGAGGCCGAAAUAUGUCUUCGUCACGGCCAAUGUUAUCUGGAGUGUCUUGACGCUGGUCACGUAUAAGUUGACGGCGGCGUGGCAGGUCAUUCUGCUGAAUGCGAUCGAGGGGGGCUUUUCGGCUAUUGCAUAUGUCGGAGGGCAUUUUAUACUCGGCUCGUGGUAUCGCAAGUCCGAGCUGGGGAAACGAGCUGCUGUGUUCUGCUGCUUCGGUCAUGUCGGGAGUAUGGCUGGGGGUUGGAUCCAGGCGGGUUUGCUGCAGGCUUUGGCUGGCAAGGGAGGGUUGCCUGCCUGGCGAUGGAUCUUUAUCAUUGUUUCGGUGAUGACCAUCCCGGUUGCGUUGUUCGGCUGGUUCUUCAUCCCCGAUCUCCCUGCCCACCGAGCAGCCUGGUAUCUCAACCGCGAAGAAAAGGAACACGCAGCAGAGCGGCUAGGCAAGGUCCCCGAACAAUCAUGGGACUGGACGGUCCUUCGACGAGUCUUUCUCAGCUGGCAAUUCUAUCUUCUUCCCCUCAUCUUCAUGCUCUACUCCGUAUGCGUCCAAUCCCUCAGCAACAACGUAAUGGCCCUCUGGAUGGCCUCUCGCGGCUACACCGUGAUCCAGCAAAACAACUACCCCACGGGGAUCUACGCGACCGCCAUCGUCGGAACGGUGCUGUACGCCGCGAUAUCCGACCGGCUGCGCUCGCGCUGGGAAUGCUCCGUGGCCAUCGGGGUGACGUUCAUCGUCGGAAGCGCCAUCCUCGUCUCCAACCCGGCCAAAGACACCGGCCACUUCUUUGCCUUCUACCUGCUGGGCACGACCUACGCGCCUCAGGCCCUGUGGUACUCGUGGAUGGCGGACGUCACGAGCCAUGAUCUCCAGCUGCGGGCCAUCUCGACGGGGUUCAUGAAUUCGUUUGACUUUGCGUUUGUGACCUGGUGGCCGCUGGUGUUUUAUCCGAUUACGGAUGCGCCGCAUUUCGAGAAGGGGUAUAUUGCCAGUUUGGUGACGGGGGCCAUGACGUUGCCGUUUAUUGGGUUGAUUGUGUAUUUAGAUAGGAAAGGGGUUGGGAGGAGAGAGUAUAUAGGGUCAACUAAGGUACAGGUGGGUUCUUGUCCACAGCAGUGUUGA